UCAGAGCCAACAGCGGAGACGAUCUAUAUACGUUCUCUAUGGUUCCGCGCUCCACGCCUCUGGCCGCAGUGCAUGCCGGGCAAGAGGAAGACCUCCAGCAGCUCCCCGCGCAGCGCGGCUGUGUUUGCGGCCUGUGCGAGUAGGAGCUUCGGCACUCACUCUCCCGGGCGAGCGGCGCGCCGAAACCUCGAACCAGUGGAGCCCACUCGUAACCUGGAUCCCCGAAGGCCGCGAAGGCAGUACCGUUUCCUCAGCGGCGGACUGCUGCAGUAAGAAUGUCUUUUCCCCCUCAUUUGAAUCGUCCUCCCAUGGGGAUCCCAGCACUACCACCGGGGAUCCCACCCCCGCAGUUCCCAGGAUUUCCUCCACCUGUACCUCCAGGGACCCCAAUGAUUCCUGUACCAAUGAGCAUUAUGGCUCCUGCUCCAACUGUCCUAGUACCCACUGUGUCUAUGGUUGGAAAGCAUUUGGGUGCAAGAAAGGAUCAUCCAGGCUUAAAGGCUAAAGAAAAUGAUGAAAACUGUGGUCCCACUACUACUGUUUUUGUUGGUAACAUUUCUGAGAAAGCCUCAGACAUGCUUAUAAGACAACUCUUAGCUAAAUGUGGUUUGGUUUUGAGCUGGAAGAGAGUACAAGGUGCUUCCGGAAAACUUCAAGCUUUCGGAUUCUGUGAGUACAAGGAGCCAGAAUCUACUCUCCGUGCACUCAGAUUAUUACAUGACCUGCAAAUUGGAGAGAAAAAGCUACUCGUUAAAGUUGAUGCAAAGACCAAGGCACAGCUGGAUGAAUGGAAAGCAAAGAAGAAAGCUUCUAAUGGGAAUGCAAGGCCAGAAACUGUCACUAAUGAUGAUGAGGAAGCCUUGGAUGAAGAAACAAAGAGGAGAGAUCAGAUGAUUAAAGGGGCCAUUGAAGUUUUAAUACGUGAAUACUCCAGUGAGCUAAAUGCCCCCUCACAGGAAUCUGAUUCUCACCCCAGGAAGAAGAAGAAGGAAAAGAAGGAGGACAUUUUCCGCAGAUUUCCAGUGGCCCCGCUGAUCCCUUAUCCACUCAUCACUAAGGAGGAUAUAAAUGCUAUAGAAAUGGAAGAAGACAAAAGAGACCUGAUAUCUCGAGAGAUCAGCAAAUUCAGAGACACACAUAAGAAACUGGAAGAAGAGAAAGGCAAAAAGGAAAAAGAAAGACAGGAAAUUGAGAAAGAACGGAGAGAAAGAGAGAGGGAGCGUGAAAGGGAACGAGAAAGGCGAGAACGGGAACGAGAAAGGGAAAGAGAACGUGAACGAGAAAAGGAGAAGGAACGGGAGCGGGAACGAGAACGGGAUAGGGACCGUGACCGGACAAAAGAGAGAGACCGAGAUCGGGAUCGAGAGAGAGAUCGUGACCGGGAUCGAGAAAGGAGCUCAGAUCGUAAUAAGGAUCGAAGUCGAUCAAGAGAAAAAAGUAGAGAUCGUGAAAGGGAACGAGAGCGGGAAAGAGAGAGAGAGAGAGAACGAGAGCGAGAACGAGAACGGGAGCGAGAGAGAGAGCGAGAGAGGGAACGGGAGCGAGAAAGAGAAAAAGACAAAAAACGGGACCGAGAAGAAGAUGAAGAAGAUGCAUAUGAACGAAGAAAACUUGAAAGAAAACUCCGAGAGAAAGAAGCUGCUUAUCAAGAGCGCCUUAAGAAUUGGGAAAUUAGAGAACGAAAGAAAACCCGGGAAUAUGAGAAAGAAGCUGAAAGAGAAGAAGAAAGAAGAAGAGAAAUGGCCAAAGAAGCCAAACGACUAAAAGAAUUCUUAGAAGACUAUGAUGAUGAUAGAGAUGACCCCAAAUAUUACAGAGGAAGUGCUCUUCAGAAAAGGUUGCGUGAUAGAGAAAAGGAAAUGGAAGCAGAUGAACGAGAUAGGAAGAGAGAGAAGGAGGAGCUUGAGGAAAUCAGGCAACGCCUUCUGGCAGAAGGGCAUCCAGAUCCAGAUGCAGAGCUCCAGAGGAUGGAACAAGAGGCUGAGAGGCGCAGGCAGCCACAAAUAAAGCAAGAGCCAGAAUCAGAAGAGGAGGAAGAAGAAAAGCAAGAAAAAGAAGAAAAACGAGAAGAACCCAUGGAAGAGGAAGAAGAGCCAGAGCAAAAGCCUUGUCUCAAACCUACUCUGAGGCCUAUCAGUUCUGCUCCCUCGGUUUCCUCUGCCAGUGGCAAUGCAACACCCAACACUCCUGGGGAUGAGUCUCCCUGUGGUAUUAUUAUUCCUCAUGAAAAUUCACCAGAUCAACAGCAACCUGAGGAGCAUAGGCCAAAAAUAGGAUUAAGUCUUAAACUGGGUGCUUCCAAUAGUCCUGGUCAGCCUAAUUCUGUGAAGAGAAAGAAACUACCUGUAGAUAGUGUCUUUAACAAAUUUGAAGAUGAAGACAGUGAUGACGUACCACGAAAAAGGAAACUGGUCCCCUUGGAUUAUGGUGAAGAUGAUAAAAAUGCAGCCAAAGGCACUGUAAACACUGAAGAAAAGCGUAAACACAUUAAGAGUCUCAUUGAGAAAAUCCCUACGGCCAAACCUGAGCUGUUUGCUUAUCCCCUGGAUUGGUCUAUUGUGGAUUCUAUACUGAUGGAACGUCGAAUUAGACCAUGGAUUAAUAAGAAAAUCAUAGAAUAUAUAGGUGAAGAAGAAGCUACAUUAGUUGAUUUUGUUUGUUCUAAGGUUAUGGCUCAUAGUUCACCCCAGAGCAUUUUAGAUGACGUUGCCAUGGUACUUGAUGAAGAAGCAGAAGUUUUUAUAGUCAAAAUGUGGAGAUUAUUGAUAUAUGAAACAGAAGCCAAGAAAAUUGGUCUUGUGAAGUAAAACUUUUUAUAUUUAGAGUGUUCCAUUUCAGAUUUCUUCUGCACCACCCUUUUAAGGACUUUGAAUUUUUCUUUGUCUUUGAAGACAUUGUGAGAUCUGUAAUUUUUUUUUUUAUUGUAGAAAAUGUGAAUUUUUUUGUCCUCUAAUUUGUUGCCCUGUGUACUCCCUUGGUUGUAAAGUCAUCUGAACCUUGGUUCUCUUUAUACUCACCAGGUACAAAUUACUGGUAUGUUUUAUAAGCCGCAGCUACUGUACACAGCCUAUCUGAUAUAAUCUUGUUCUGCUGAUUUGUUCCUUGUAAAUAUUAAAAUGACUCCCCAAUUCUUUUGCAGAAUUGCACUUAAUAUUGAAAUGUACUGUAUAGGAACCAACAUGAACAAUUUCAAAUGAAAACACCAGUCAUAUCUAUUAUCACCCCCACUCUCUUUUGAUCAGAAAUGGCAAGCCCUUGUGAAGCCAUGGAGUUUAAAAUUAGAAUGCAAAAAUUAGCAGACAAUCCAUUUCUACUAUAUUUCUGUAUGAAUGUGUUCGUAUGAAUGUAUGUGUAAAAGUCUUUCUUUUCCCUAAUUUGCUUUGGUGGGGUCCUUAAAACAUUUCCUAAGUAACAAAUAGAACUGUAAAGGAAAAGUUAUAUUGUUCGAACCCAAAAUGUCUGGUAUAAUUAGGUUGUUAGUUUCUCAUAGCAUGGUAUUCUCGUGUCGUGAGCAAUGGUCUGCUAACUGGAUGGGGUUUCCUUAUUAAUAAGCUGGCUGCUUCAGUUUCUCUUUUAAAGGAAUGUGGAUCAUAGUGAUUUUCCCCUUUAAUUUUAUUGCUCAGAAAUGAGGCAUAUCCUAAAAUCCUGGAGAGUUGUAUUUAAUGCAUUUUUGCACUAAUUGGUCCUUAGUUUAAUUAUAUCCCUUUAUUUAACAAAAAAUUUAUUUCAAAAGUAUAAGUGAAAACUGCCUUUAAAACAAAACAAAAAAUGAAACUAGGCAAAUUGACAGACAAUGAGAGUUUUACAAACAUGAUAGGUAUUCUGCUUGGCAACUUAUAAGUUAUAUUUACAUCUUAUUUAAGGAUAAAGGUAAAUUUAUCAAGGUAAUUACUAACGACUAAUUUUUUGUUUUCAUUUUUGUCCUGUAGAAGGUUUAUAUCUUGUUUUACCUUGGGUCAUUAGUGUUUAAAAACGUACUGAUGAUGUGCUCAGAGAAAUUCCUGGGGCUCUCUUUAUUGUAGAUCAGAAUUUCACCAGGGAGCAAAAUUACCUGAAAAUGUAACAAGCUUCAAACAGCUUUUCACACAAAUUAGUUGCAACUGUUCCCAUGUCUGAGUACUUAUUUAAAAGAAAGGUAAAGAUUGGCCUGUUAGAAAAGCAUAAUGUGAGCUUUGAAUUACUGGAUUUUUUUUUUUUAAACACUUUGAGAGGACAUUUGAAAAAACUGUUCUUACCCUUGAACCCUGACAUGGUUCCAUUAUGUAAAUAUUUCAAAUAUUAAAAAUGUAUAUAUUUGAUCCUGGGGACUCAUAUUCUUUCAGAAUCAUGUAAAUAAAUGGCAUCAUGUUAUAAUUGUGUGGUGCAUACUAAAAAACUUAGAAACAUGGGCUGAAUUUUUUUAUGGACAUGAUUUUUAUGACUAUUGGUACCUAAAGGUCAAGGAAGCCAUUUACAUUAUUUUUGAUGGAUCUAUAUAUCUGUGGAAAUACCUCUUUUUAUUAUAUUUUAAACUCUGGUUUCUUGAGGGAAAAUUUCAGAAAAGAUGCCCCUUGCCAUUUCAAGUUUCUUUUUCAGCUUUUUCUCAGACACACCCCCAACCUAAGAUCUUGUUUCAGCAAUUUAUUGUGUCUGUCUUUUUUUUUUUAACAUACUGCAGUUACUGUUUCUAAGGCAUCAUAUUAUGUUGUUUUUAUUUAGCCACUAUUAACAUGAAGAUUUAUUCAGCUAGAUUUGAUUUCCUUUCCUUGGUUUCUUCUCCUGUUCUGUCAACUAGACUUAUCCUAAAGGACCACUCUAAAAACAAAGGGCAUCUCUUAAUCUGAAACCCUUAGGGAGGUAUACUGUGUACUGCAUAACAUCUCCAAUGAGGUUCAUGGCAAGACCUAAACUAAACAUAUGAAUUUGUGCAAGUUUAUAUAUUAAAGUUUCUGCAGCAGAGUGAAAAUUGUUACAGUUAGAUGGGGUAGAGACUGUUAAUCACUUAAUGCCAGUGUAAAUCAUGUUUUGUGACCAAGCUUCAGUAAAAGCCUUUAGAUUGUCA